GUAUGUAUUGAUGAUAUCCCACUUCGCGAGUAUAACAUUAGCUGGCUCAGAAACGCCAUUGGCGUUGUGCAACAAGACCCUGUUAUUUUCUCUGCUACAGUGGCAGAAAAUGUCAGAAUGGGAGACGAUACGUUGUCAGAUGAAGACGUAGAGGAAGCUUGUCGAAUGGCUAAUGCGCUGGAAUUUAUUAAAAAGCUUAGCGAUGGGUUUGACACAGUCAUCGGAGAAGGUGCCGUACAACUUUCUGGUGGACAAAAACAACGCAUUGCCAUUGCUCGAGCUCUAAUCCGCAAGCCACAGAUUCUUCUUCUGGAUGAGGCUACUAGUGCGUUAGAUACGGAAAGCGAAAAAGCAGUACAGGAAGCUUUGGAUGUGGCUAGGAAGGAUCGAACCACACUUUGUAUCGCGCACAGGCUCUCUACUAUCAGGGAUGCUGACAAAAUCAUUGUUUUCGAAGAAGGCCACAUUGUUGAAACGGGUAAUUUAUCAUGA